UUCCCCCAAAACCCUAACACUCAAAUUCAGCUCAAUUCAUCACAACAAUGCCGGCUGGGCACGGAUUGAGAUCGCGUACCAGAGAUUCAUUCUCGCGGGCCUUCAGAAAGAAGGGUCCCACCCAUCUAUCCACCUACCUCCGCACCUACAAAAUCGGCGACUAUGUGGAUGUCAAAGUUAACGGUUCGAUCCACAAAGGCAUGCCCCACAAAUUCUACCAUGGCCGAACCGGCCGGGUCUGGAACGUCACCAAGCGUGCUGUCGGCGUUGAAGUCAACAAGCAGGUUGGGAACAGAAUCAUAAGGAAGAGAAUCCAUGUCCGCAUUGAACAUGUUCAGCAAUCACGAUGCCACGAAGAGGUGAUGCUAAGGAUCAAGAAGAACGAUCAGUUGAAGGCUGAUGCAAAGGCACAGGGUAAAAUCAUCAGCACGAAGAGGCAGCCAGAGGGGCCGAAGCCUGGAUUCAUGGUGGAAGGUGCAACAUUAGAGACUGUAACUCCAAUCCCCUACGAUGUGGUCAAUGAUCUCAAGGGUGGUUACUAAGUGUUUUUUUUUGUUAGAUGUCAUUGCUUCACAGUUUGAUUAUUUUUGUGAUGAGGACAAAGAGUUGGAAAUUGACCGCUCAGACCCUUUUUGAGCCACAUUUUGUCAAAUGUUCAAUGUUAGCUUAUAAAGCUUUAGUUAUUGUGA